AUGUAUUAUAGAGAGAGCGACGAAGAUGACAUAGAGAGCGAUGAAGAGGAUCCGGAUGAGAACGCAAAGCAUCUAGUCAAAAAUCGUCCAAGAAUCACAAAACCUCCAAAUCUCGCUGUGAGCAUAGGCGGUUCAUGGAAAAUUCUCGAAGUACUUUUGUCAUUCGGUGCAGACGUGUCCGCCGUCUCUUCACACGCAAUUGACCCGAUUUUGACUACCGCAUUGUUCGUCGAAUUGCAAGACCUGGAAUAUCUCCUAGAUCAAACUUUGUCUGAUCCAGGAGAGGGCCGCUGGCCAAAGUUGCUGGGAACAAACGAUCCUAUCGUCCGUGUGUGCCAGAGUCUGAAAAAGCGGACGUCCUGCACAGAACCAACUAUCAAGGCCGUACACUUCUGCAUCUUGCAGUAG